UUCGUAGUGACGUCAGCAGUGUGCGGCUCCGAGUGUAUGCGGAGCACAUUGGUGUGUUGUGACAGUCGUGCGCCUGUUGUGUGGCGGCAGAAUGGAAGCCUCUAAGGACGCUCCGCCUCCCAAGCAGCAGCCUAUGAUCUAUAUUUGUGGAGAAUGCCACACAGAAAAUGAGAUCAAAGCCAGAGAUCCCAUCAGAUGUAGAGAAUGUGGUUACAGGAUAAUGUACAAGAAAAGAACAAAACGAUUGGUCGUUUUUGAUGCACGUUAAAUGGACGGAUGGACAGCUUGUAAUUCAGCGUGGAUAUAUAUAUUUGUUUUCACUUUAUGCUUUUUAUUGUGAGGAACUAAACAACAAAAUUUCAGUAUGCAUCUGUAAAUUAUAACAAUUUGUAUUAAAGGUUUGUAACCA